UCUUCUGAAUGGUUGUUUGACCCCUGAACCUCAACUCCUCCUCCUCCGCCCUCCUUGUUGUGAUGAUCCGACACCUGCAUUGGGGGGGCUGCAGGCCGUCAGCAGAAAACGAUUGACGGAUGAUCCCGUCUCCGCCUUCCACUCGACUCCGACAAGAUGCACAAAUGUUACAAUCGCCAGCCUCGAAAAUAUGGGAAUGGCUUUUCCAAUCCUUUUGAACUCCGUUGUCCCUUUUUCCGUCCUCUAUCCCGUUGUACAGAAUCUCCUCCCAGCCCUUUCUCAAACAGGCGUUGUUGUUGUUGUUGUUGUUGUUGUGGUUUCUGCUGUGUGGCCGUCGAUAAAGGCCAGCCGGUCGCACCAGCUUUUUUCGCCUCGGUCGUGAUUAUUGGGUAUAUGGUCUUCGAGGUUCUAUAUAUCGAUAACGACCGCGAAAGCGGAAUGAAGGAUGGCAUCCGAUUGAUGCCAAGACGUUCCCUGGUCUCAGAUGUUAGCACAACCUCCGUACGACAACAGAUCCGUAACAGGAGCGGGAACCGACGUGCAAGACAUUUCAGAGUGUUUGAGAAGAUUGUUGUAACGCGGUUUUUGUCAGCGUUUGUCUUCUCGCCCAUGGGAGUUGGACCCAGAGGCGAGAAAGACAUCUGAUGGCCCCGCGGCCGUCAUCAUAGAAUAUUGCUAUGGAAAGGAAAAAAACGAAAAUUGGAAAUACACACCUAACGGUAGGUUUGGAGAGACUUGCAUGUUCUUGCGCAAGUUCACAUAGGGCCCUCUCUCCAG